ACAGUCAGGAUGUGCGUCUUGCGACACCUGUGGAGAAUUCCCAUGUUCGAGUCAAGCGAUUCAAUCACCUUGCGUAAUCUCCUCUGCUAUAAUCUUACACCACCUUGCUUUAAUCUAAGAUGACUAUGCUUGAAACCGCUGCUGAACUCGCUACACACGAACGCCCACCGGCUCCUUUGCGAACAGAGAAGUUUCGCCAAUCGAGGCCGGAAGUCGUUGGUCCUGAUUGUCCAGAGCCUCCCUUUCCCAUCUCUCUCUCAGGUGCGGUACGGAAGGGAUUUGGAAGAGGGGGGAAGGAUCUAGGGUGCCCUACAGCAAAUCUACCUGACGAGUCAUUACCUCCGAUGAGCAAUGUUACACAGACUGGCGUGUACUACGGAUACGCUCAAGUCUCUCCGUACAAUAAGGAAGGUCAAAAAGUGCUAUCGGAGGAUGACACCGUUGUAUUACCGAUGGUCAUGAGCCUCGGUUACAAUCCUUUCUACAAGAACCAGCAACUAACGGCGGAAAUCCAUAUAAUGCAUAACUUCAAGUCAGAUUUCUAUGGACAUGAAAUGAGAGCCAUUGUACUAGGUUACAUACGUCCUGAAUUAAACUACACUUCUAGAGAAGGACUGAUAGAAGACAUAGAGACGGACAAGCGAGUAGCAUUGAAAUCAUUGGCACGGCCAGAAUACGAAAAGUACAAGUCCGAUCUUCAUUUCAGUCUUUUGCCCUGAUGCAUGCAACGCCAGGAUAGAGAAAGCAGAUGUAUUGUAGAGAUAGAGACGCAUCAUGCCCUAUAUUAUACCACACGGUUACGGACUUUACAGUAAAGUUUACAUUCAUCA